GCGCGCCCUUCCCGGUCGAUGAACCUGUGCGGCGCACGCUGCGUAAUUCGCGAUUCAUUCAUGGACGCCGCGCGCGGGUGCGGGCGGGCGGCGAGGCGCGGGCGGGGGCUCAGGUUCACCGGGCUCCAAGCGAUGGAGAGCAGCGGCGUCGGCGCCGUGGCCUCACUGACGAUGGACUGCGAGGACAUGUUCAAGGAGAUCACCAAGAAGCUGUACGGCGAAGAGACGAGCGUGGGUGUGGGCGGUGCCGUGGGCGUGGGCGGCGUGGUGGGCGUGGAGUUCCCCGCGGCCGAGCGCGAGCUGCACGACGACGAGCGGCCCGAGGAGCACAUCACGGCGUGGGGGCUCGCCGCGCUCAUGCAGAACGGCUUCCCCCCGCCCGGAAUCCUGCAGGCCAACUUCACGCCGCGCACGGACCCUACGGCCGAGGACCGCUGGACGGCGGCGGAGGAGCCGCUGGCGUGGGCGCACUCGCGCGUGGCCGCCUACAACCCCGCCCAGCGGCUGUUCAAGUGCACGGACUGCGAGUGCGUCGGCUUCCUGGCGCGCGUGGCCGAGCACUGGCUGGGCACGCACUCGCAGGCGCGCGCCUUCCAGUGCCCGCUCGCCGGCUGCGGCUUCGCCAGCGGCUGGGCGCGCGCCGUGCGCCAGCACCUCGCCCGCGACCACCACUCCGACCCCGCCGCCGCCGACCACCUGCUGCGCGACAACCCUGCGCUCGAAGACCUCACCAGAUACCUCCAGCGCCUCAAGAACAAGGUGGAGACGGCGCGCACGGAGAGGCGCGCGGGCGGCGCGGGGGCCGGCGCUGCGGCGGGGGCGGAGGCGCCGGCGGGGGCGGGGGCGGAGGGGGCGGCGGAGGCGGGCAAGCGCUACGUGUGCGGCGCGUGCCCGUACGCCACCGACCGCCGCGACCUGUUCACGCGCCACGAGAACAUCCACCGCGACGAGAAGCCCUUCCACUGCUACCUCUGCCAGAAGCAGUUCAACCGGGCCGACCACGUCAAGAAACACUUCCUGCGCAUGCACCGCGACCAGCCCUACGACCUGAAUCGAAUCCGGCGCGCCGGCGGCGGCGUCGGCGGCGGCAUCGGCGGCGGCGCCGGUAUCGGGGGCGGCGCCGGUAUCGGGGGCGGCACGGGCGGCGGGAAGCCCGUAGUGACCGGCGCUCCCGUGUACUGCGGGAGCACCGCCGUCGGCGUGAGCGUUGCGGUCAACCCAAGCGUCGGCGUAGGCGUCAACCCCGUGGGCGGGGGCGUGGGGGGAGUGAGCGGGAGCGUGGGCGUGGUGAAGGCGGUGGAGGGCGCGGGGGUGGCGCUGGGAGCGGACUGCCGCGCCGUGCCGGUCAAGCUCGAGCGCGCGCCGCUCAGCAAGGCGGAAACGGCGGGCCCCGCGCAUAAGAGCGCCGCGCCCGGCCCCGUGCGCCGCAAGGGCGAGCGGCGGUACGCGUGCUGCUACUGCGCGUGGUCGGGCGUGGACAACUGGUGCCUGAAGCGGCACCUCAACACGCACCUCAAGCCGUUCGCGUGCGCGCUGUGCGAGUACAAGGCGGCGCGCGCGGAGCGGCUCGCCACGCACGUGCACAAGGUGCACAACAAGAAGGCCUGCGCCAAGUGCCCCUUCCUCGCCGACGACCACCACCAGCUGGCGCUCCACCUGCGCGACGCCCACCACAUCGAGAGCCGCAACCUGAAGGUGCCGACGGGCGUGGGGCGCGGCGGCGGCGGGUUCGCGGUAGCGGGCGGCGCGGCGCCGACGGCGGCGAGCGGCGCGGGGGGCGGCGGCGGCGCGCGGCGGCGCGAGGGGCGCGCGGCGGGCGCGGCGCGGCUGUUCGGCUACCUGGAGGCGUCGGACGGCUCCGGGGACGAGUACGAGGCGCCGCUGACCGAGUUCGGGGCGGGCUACGGGGGGCCGACGGCGCCGGGUGGGGCGGCGGCGGGAGCGGGGGGCGCGGCGGCGCGCGACAAGGAGAACGCCGCGCCACAGCCGCUGCACCACGCGCUGCAUGACCACUGCCUGCGCUACUAGUCGCCACUCGCCGCCCGCACCUCGCCCGCUGAUAUACAUAGUGAUACAUUUAGAUAUUAUAAUAACGAUAAUUGUUUAUAUUGAGCUAAUUGAGAAUGUUAAUGUUAUUGUAAUAAAGAUUCUUUAG